AUGGCCACCUCAGAUCUCGAUCAGUUGAUCAUGAUGGGGUUUGACAAAGAAAAAAGUGAGCUGGCUUUAAAGAAUUCUGGUGGCUUGGCAGAUGCGAUCGACUGGCUAGACGCAAACUCAUCAAAGUCCAUCGAAGAACUGAAAGCCGAAAAAAUAGCUGCCGACGAAGCAAAGGCGGCCGAAGCAGCUGAAGAGGCGAAAAGUUUACUGUGCAACGAGUGCGGGAAGAAAUUCAGAGGAACUGCUCAAGCCGAAUUCCACGCCUCCAAAUCAGGUCACACAGACUUUUCAGAGUCCACCGAAGAGAUCGCGCCCUUGACCGAGGAAGAGAAGAAAGCGAAACUCGCAGAACUUCGAGAAAGACUGUCAGCCAAAAGAGCCGCGCGAGCAGAACAGGACAAGAUCGAUCAGAAGCGAAAUGAACAAAUCAGUCGGAAGAAGACAAAGGAGACGGAGGAUAUGAAGGAACAGCUCAAGGUCAAGGAGCAGAUCAAAGAGGCCGAGAAGAAGAAGCGCGAGAAACAAGAGGACAUCGAAGCAAAAAGGCGGAUACAAGCCAAAAUUGCAGCCGACAAGGAAGAACGCAGGUUAAAGGCAGAGAGAGAGAAGGCUCUGAGAGCAGGAAUGGCUGCACCCGUGACAGCGACACCACCUCCGGCGGCCGCUCCAACUGUGUCCAAACCAGCCUCGGAAUACAAAGAGACUCGAUUGCGACUUCAGACAUCGGCUGGGAAUAUCAUGAAAACCUUCCCUGUGGAAACGACAUUGUUUGAGGUUGCUUCAGCGGUAGCAGAUGAGACCGGACGAGAUGUUGAGAGCUUCACCCAGAACUUCCCCAAGAAGGUAUUCAACCAGGAAUUUUUUGGCGAGACGUUGAAGGAAUUGAGACUCGUGCCCAGUGCCAGCUUGAUUGUGAAGUAG